CGGAACUCGACUACACGUACAUCCCAUACAACCGGACUUUGAUUCAAUUACAUUUCAUUAAACAUUAUUUAAGUAUAUAUUCAUAAAAUAACAGUACCGUAAACCGAGAGGUGGAGCAAAAUCUUAAAAUUAUCAGGUAAAAGUCCAUCAUCCAGCACAAUGAACUUAGUUCAAAAUAUUGCACUGGCUUUAUUAAUAUUGGUUGAAGGAUCAUGUUCAUUUACAAUUGGUGCCUUCAACAUCCAAAUAUUUGGUGAAAAGAAGGCCGAAAAUGUUGAGGUUAUGGAAAAUAUCGUUAAAAUACUUCAACGAUAUGAUAUUGUACUUAUUCAAGAAAUUAGAGACAGAUGGGAGACUUCUAUUGAAUUACUUCAUUUUGAAUUAAAUAAAGCAUCGAAUGACAUGUACGACAAAGUUGUAAGUGAAAGACUUGGAACUGGACAAGUUAAAGAACAGUAUGCCUUCUUCUAUAGAGACAGUGACAUAUCUGUCGUUUCCGAAUAUGUGUAUAAUGGUACAAAUGAUAUAUUUGAACGUCCACCUUAUAUUGUAAAAUUUAAAGCAGAAAAUACUGUUAUUUCAGAAUUUGUACUUGUUGGAAUACACGCAAAGCCUGCGAUGGCAAUAGAAGAAAUAUCUGCGUUAGAAAUUGUAACAUAUGAUAUAAUUUCUGAAAUGGAGACUGACGAUAUCUUAAUUUUGGGUGACUUGAAUGCCGAUUGUAAAUAUGCCCCGAAGUAUAAACUAGACCAAACGGAAAUUGGACGCAAAAAAGAGUUUCACUGGUUAAUAUCUAGUGGUACAAAAACUGCAGUCUCCACAGACUGUGCAUACGACAGAUUCAUAGUGUAUGGAGAAAAGCUUAGGUCAACCAUCUUAGAGGGGAGCAAUGGUGUUUUCUAUUUCGACAAAGAGUAUGGCUUGUCAAAAGAACAGACAAAGGAUAUAAGUGAUCACUAUCCGAUCGAAUUACAAUUGAUACAGAAAGAUCCCUUGAGAACAGAAUUGUAAAAAGUGCCCAAGAAAUUGAAAUCAGAAUCGAAGUCAGUAAUGCAGGAUGGUUUAAACAGAAAAGAAUAUAAUUGUGAAAACGUAUUAAAUUAUGUCGAAACCAGAGUUGACAUAUGCUAUUUGCUUAAUAAUUAAGACUCUCUGUUAUAGUGAUGACAAAUGUAUGUUUAACUUAAAGAUCAUAUAUCGAAGUUUCAAUCUAUCAUCUCUUUAUACUUGUACUUUCAGAACGGAUCAUUUCGAACUGUAAAUUGUGACGUAUGGUUGCUGGUUAAACUGUUUAUUCCUCGAUAUAUCAUAUUUAUUCGUUUUCACCUGUACAUGUGUAAACCGCAUGUGAACUCUGAAUUAUAUGUUAUAAUGUUUAAAGUUCUCGGAAGGUUUCAUUUCCACAAUCUUUGCACAACAUUGCACUUUAAAUUUGUCCGUAUAAAAAGCGACUUUUAAAAGCGUUGAUAUGAAGUCAUGCCAGCUUUGCAUUUGUAAAUGUUCAUUUGUGAUUUGAUAAGAGGAUCGAUUGUUUAUGUUGUCUCAUCUAGAGAUUCGCAAAGAUGGUCGAGUAAGUAAAUAUUAGUUACACUAUUAUAGAGGAUGAUAGCUAUAUAUAGUGAAUACAAUUGUUUUUUUACAACAACUGCAUUUACGAAUUUACGCUGUUGACGGAGGCUGCCAUGUUGUAACGAAUACAAUUUCCCGCAAAAAUUAUAUAUUUAUAUAUCUGAUUUCCAAAAGAUAUCACGAAAAUAAUACAGACUUCCUCCUCUUUCACAGGUAACACCUACCUGAUAUCAAAUUCUAAUUAUAUAUUCCCGAAUUGAACAUAUAUUGACAAAGGGUCAAUAUGAGUUUAUACAACUAUAGUACUGAAAAUCCAUCAACAACAUGGCCGAAAACUUCUUUCCUGUUGUCGGUGUUUUCGGGAUUUUUUCUUUAAACAUCAUAAAGAAGCAAACGAUUUCCCAGAAAUUAGAAUCUUAUUAUCAACCCAUUAGUCAUUACUUCUGUGCUGACAUGAAAUUUUGUAAAAAAAAAUUUUGUUUUGCUCGUAAUACUAUACACUUAUUUACUUGCUUUGAGGACAAUAGCAAGUCGAGGGGGACAAUACACUUGCUAUUGUCCUAAUAUCCAGUAAAUUAGUGUUUUAUUAUACAGAAAGAAACUGGUAUAUAUUUCGAGACAAUGCAUGUGUAUUCUCUUUAAACUGCAACUCUUACAAUAAUCAUUUUCAUUAAAUUUAUUUGUAUACAAUUUUCUAAAUAAAACACAUACUGAGGUAAAAUAAUUAGGAUUAUCGACCCCAAAAAAAGAGUAAAUGAGCUGUUUUUUGGCAGGACCUUUCGGAAUUUUGGGUCUGCAAAGCUCUUCGUCUUCGUACUAUAUUUGGCUAUUAAACUCUUGAUUCGAGUGUCACUGAGGUCUUUAACGGGCAAUCUGCGCGUCUGGCUAUAAGUUUAUGAUUUCCCGCGAAUAUGAAUGUCUACAGAAAAGUAUGAUGGCAUGUAUUCGAGACAAUAAUAAUAAAAAUCCGUAAUCAAAUUAAUUAUUGUAGCUUAUCAGGUAAUAUAUUAAAUUUAAAUGUAAAUUUGUAUAUAUUUCCAUUACGGUUGAAAUUCUUUAAUGGCAUUUGCAUCUUGUGUCAAGAGCACAAUGAUUUAAAAAAAGUUUUAUACCAACAAUCAAACGGAAAUUAUAUUAAAAUUUAACCAAAAUUGAAUUGCAAUUAUGCUAUGCUGUAUGAUUAACCCAUCAUUGUUGUACGUUUAAACUUCCAAAAUAAUUUGAAAAUGGUCUAAUACAAUGUAUUCGUUAGUUCCGUUGUAACUCCACCUCGUUGAAUUGCAUUACGUCUUGAUGGAAAAUCACCUCAAUUGAAAAAAAAACAUCAGAUUCAUUGUAUUAAGUCCUUUGGUGCAACAUCAUCACGUGGAAUUGCAAAACGUCAUGAUGGAAAAGUUUCUCAAUUGAAAUAACAUCAGAUUCAUUAUAUUUAGUCUUUGUUGCAACUGCAUCUCGUGGAAUUACAAUAAGUCUUGAUGGAAAAGCACUUCAAUCGAAAUAACAUCAGAUUAUCAUAUUUGGUCCUUUGGUGCAACUGCAACUCGUGGAAUUGCAAUACGUCUUAAUGGAAAAGCACCUCAAAAUGAAAUAACAUCAGAUUAUUAUAUUUGGUACAUUGCAUUUAAAUUAUUAUUACAGGUAUCUUCUGGUGUAAAAAAGUAAAAUAACAAAAAUACUGAACUCCAAGGAAAAUUCAAAACGGAAAGUCCUUGAUCAAAUGGUUAAAUCAAAAGCUCAAACACAUCAAACGAAUGGAAAACAACUGUCAUAUCAUGUGUAAAUGCACCUGAUUUAAAUUAAUUGAAUCAACCAGAUUUUGGAAAUUUUUAGUCUCAUUAGUUCUAUAUCUUGUUCAUUUCUAUAUGUGACUUCUUGUGUCUCUUAAUUGUAUCUGUAAUAUUCAAAACAUGUUAUAUUAUUUCCUUUGUAAACUCAUUGAGGCUGUAUAAUUUCAUGCUGUAAUUUGAAAUACCAUUAAUUAACAGGGAUUGAAUUUUACCAGUAUUAUAUUUUUGAAUAUUGGAAUUAUAUAAUAAAUCAUA